AACGCCUGUUUGGAUCAUUAUUUUCUGCGUACCUCAGAAAUAACGAUAAUCUUACUUGGAUAUAUUUUCAUUAUGUGGGAUUUGACCUGGAAUUUUGUCUGGUUGGACAAAAGCAAACAGUGAAGCUGAACUCUGGGAAACCCACAUGUGUGAACAUCUGAGAUGCAGAUGGAGGACAGAGUGGAGGAAUGAUGGCUGACAAGACUGGCUCCAUGAUAACUUCCGUCUCUGAUCAUUCAAUUUCAAACUUUUCCACUGGGUUAUUUGGGCCCCAUCCCACAGUGCCUUCUGAUGUGGGCGUCGUCACAAGCUCCCAGUCUCAAAUAAAAGACUUGUUUGGGUUGUUCUGCAUGGUAACACUCAACCUCAUAGCGUUGUUGGCCAACACUGGCGUGAUGGUGGCUAUUGCUCGCGCCCCCCACCUAAAGAGGUUUGCAUUUGUGUGUCACCUCUGUGCCGUGGACCUGCUGUGUGCCAUCCUCCUCAUGCCUUUAGGAAUCAUCUCCAGCUCACCCUUCUUUGCCACUGUGGUCUUCACUGUUCUGGAAUGUCAAGUUUACAUCUUUCUCAAUGUUUUCCUCAUUUGUUUGUCUAUUCUCACCAUCACAGCCAUCAGUGUGGAACGAUACUUCUACAUUGUACACCCCAUGCGAUAUGAAGUCAAAAUGACCAUAAACCUUGUUAUUGGUGUCAUGCUCUUGAUCUGGUUAAAGUCUCUUCUCUUGGCUUUAGUAACGCUCUUUGGUUGGCCAGCUUACGGUCAUCAGAGCUCCAUUGCAGCUUCUCAUUGUUCUCUGCAUGCGAGCCACAGUCGCCUGAGAGGAGUCUUUGCCGUUCUGUUUUGUGUGAUCUGCUUCGUUGCUCCUGUGGUGGUAAUUUUUUCUGUUUACUGUGCUGUGUACAAAGUAGCUCGCUCUGCAGCUUUGCAGCAAGUCCCCGCUGUGCCAACAUGGGCAGAUGCAAGUCCUGCCAAAGAUCGGUCAGACUCCAUCAACAGCCAGACUACCAUCAUCACCACCACCCGCACUUUACCCCAAAGACUGUCCCCAGAGAGGGCCUUCAGUGGAGGCAAAGCUGCUCUCACAUUGGCAUUCAUAGUUGGCCAGUUCUUAGUUUGCUGGUUGCCCUUUUUCAUUUUCCAUCUGCAAAUGUCCCUUACAGGGUCCAUGAAGAGCCCUGGAGACUUGGAGGAGGCAGUCAACUGGCUUGCUUACUCCUCGUUUGCAGUGAACCCAUUCUUCUAUGGAAUGCUGAACAGACAAAUCAGAGAUGAGCUAGUGAAGUUUCGACGUUGUUGCAUGACCCAACCGGUUGAGAUUGGGGCAUCCAGCCAAGAGGGCUCGUUUCAGGAAAACUUCCUUCAGUUUAUUCAAAGAACCACCAGCUCAUCGGAAACUCAUUCAAGUUGUGCUAACUCAAGUCCCAAAAACGCAGAAAACCAAACUCACAAGAUUCCCGGGCAAAUGCCAGAGGAGCAGGCUUAGACUUUGAACAGUGCAAAUCAUGGAACCAAAUCGUUCCUGUUCUGCACUUACUGAGCAGGUAUUUUUGAGAAAUAGGCUGUCACCCAUCUUUGAAUGAAUACACAUACUGAGCUACAGUUUAAACUUUUCCAAUUCAUUCACCAUAGAGUAUGACCAAUUACUGUAAAGGUGUACUCUGGAUUUAUCUAAAACAAAGUGUUGUGUUGUACUUUAAACACUUUGAUUUGUGUUCUGUCUGUAUGUGAGUUUGUCUCAUCGUAAUCUUUCAGGUGAUUAAUGAUGCACGUGUGUAUAAUAUAUCCUAUUAGUGUCCAAAUUCAAAUUUGUUAAAGCGUUGAAAAGCCUUUUUAUGAUCAAAGAACUACUUUAUAAUAAAGCAGCGUGCUGUGAUUCUCUUCUAUCAUUAAA